AUGGACAACUUCCCGACGUAUAACCUGUCUGGACAAACUAGCCCUGUAGACUUCACCGCCAUAUUUGGAUCGGCUAGAUCGGAUCGAGGACAGAAACCAGUGACGUCAUCUGUCUCCGGACAACCACGAGCUAUCGUCGGUUCAUCCAGUUUCUUCAGUCCAAUGUACCAACCUCCUGCCAAUGUUUGGCAAAACCUAGAAGAUGACAUCUCCUCGUCUCGCCAGUCGGAGUACACGAGUCCCCCGAGAAUGAACCGUCAUGGCGCGAGUUCGACACCAGCUCUCGUUACUUAUUCCCAGACACAGCAUAACCCAUCAUUGUUAGAGACGACGUUGCCACUUUGUGACCAGUUUCCCAGCCAAUCAAGAGCCAGAAGAUCUACUGUAUCAUCACCACCAGCCAAGUUUCCUCACGCCACCAUAUCCGUCUGUGUUUUCUGCAAGACAAACGGCGAACGUCUUUCCCAGUACGGCUCUCAUGUGCUGAAGGACUCCGCUGGCAGAGUUACCUGUCCUGUUCUGAGACGUUACACCUGUCCUAUAUGUGGCGCUUCAGGUGAUGCGGCACAUACCGUCAAGUACUGCCCCCUCAACACACAAACCCUCUGA